AUGGCGUACCCCGAGGACGUCGGCAUCAAGGCCCUUGAAAUUUAUGUUCCAAGCAAGGUAUGCUUUGGGGCUCUAUUUGCCAUGCCAAUAUUGAAAAUUGAUUCUAAUUCUCCGUAGACAUUGGACCAAUCCCAAUUCGAGGCGCACCAGGGAGCGUCGGCCGGGAAAUACACCAUCGGUCUUGGUUUAAAGUCCAUGAACUUUUGUGACGACCGGGAAGGCAAGUCACACGAUCAAAAUCCGCGAUGACGAUGAUGAUGAUUCAAACAGAUAACUUAUACUAAAGCUUCACAGAUGUUUGCUCUCUCGCAUUGACAGCAGUUUCGUCUCUCCUUAAAAAGUUUUCGAUAGACCCUCAGUCUAUCGGUCGACUUGAGGUUGGGACAGAAUCGCCCAUCGAUAAGGCUAAAUCCGUCAAGUCUGUCCUCACUCAACUGUUUGGUGACAACCACUCUUUAGAAGGUGCCGACACCGUCAAUGCAUGCUAUGGAGGUACCAACGCUCUACUCAACGCCAUCAACUGGGUAGAGUCUCGCUCUUGGGACGGCCGAGACGCCAUUGUCGUUGCUUGCGAUAUUGCUAUCUACAAGGAUCCAGCUGCAAAACCUACCGGUGGUGCUGGUUGUGUUGCAAUUCUCGUUGGUCCUAAUGCCCCGAUUGUUGCAAUUCCAGCUCUCCGCGGUACAUACAUGACCCAUGCAUACGACUUCUACAAGCCGGACAUGAAGUCAGAGUACCCUCUUGUCGAUGGCCAUCUCUCCAUCUCAUGCUACAUCUCCGCUCUGGACGGCUGCUACAAGCGACUACGCCAAAGCGUAGCCCGUCUGGAAACAGAGGGGAAGUUGAAAGAACGCAACCCAGACGCCGUUGCCAUCCUGAAGCAAAAACGUAAGAGCCUGAUCGAUAUCUUCGAUUUCAUGGCUUUCCACACGCCCAACUGCAAACUCGUCAGCAAAUGCUACGGUCGACUUCUCUACAACGAUUUCCUCAACGACAAGUCCGACCCAACCUUUAAGGAUGUUCCCGAAUCCCUCCAAGACCUUGCUUAUGACGAGUCACUAAAAUCCAAAGACCUCGAGAAGUUAUUCGUGGGUCUCAGCAAAGAAGCUUUCACAUCACGAGUUGCACCAUGUAUUGAGGACCCCAGUCGCUGUGGAAACAUGUACACUGGCAGUCUCUACUGCUCCUUGAUCAGCGUGCUAUCCCAUAUUGACUCGGAGAAGCUUCAAGAUAAGACGAUUGGCAUGUUCAGCUACGGAAGCGGAAUUGCCAGUACAUUAUUCACGCUCCAAGUGGUAGGUGACGUGAGUGAGAUUGUUAAGAAGAUCGAUUUUGAGGCACGAUUAAAGGCGAGACAUGUCGCCAACCCGCGGGAAUACGAAGAAGUAUGUUCUUUUUGUCUACGAAUGUGAUUUUCAUUUCCACUUCAUCUCAUCGCUUUGAAAUCAUGUACUAACUGUACUCCGAAAGGCGUGUAAAUUGCGCGAAGCGGCAUAUGGUCAGAAGAACUAUACACCAACCGGUGACUUGGCCAGCAUUGGUGAAGGCGUAUACUAUCUCGAGCACAUUGAUGACCAGUUCCGGAGAACAUAUGGUAUUAAAAAAGCAUAG